UAAAGAUGGACUACGUACAAGCUGAGACGCUAGAUGAAGUAAAGGUGGGGGAUGCGCAAGCUGGGACGCUGGAUGAAGUAAAGAUGGACUACGUACAAGCUGAGACGCUAGAUGAAGUAAAGGUGGAGGAUGCGCAAGCUGGGACACUGGGUGGAGUAAAGGCGGGGGAUAUGCCGCCAGCAAAUCGUAAGCGCCCCCUUGAGGACCCUGCGGAUGGCAAAGUCGGUCCUUCGAACACAGCGGGUAUACGAGACACGACCGCUUCCUCAACGAGCCCCAGCAAAAAGCAAAAAUUAGGAACGAAAGCAAAGCAGGUAGACACGGCGGCAGUAGCGGCAUCGGCAAUCAUGGAAGCAUCGGCAUCAGACGCAUCUGAACCUCGCCGACAUAAACGCCUUGCACAGCAUCCGGCAACCCGAGCCAACGAUAUCUAUGUCUCGCGAAAAUCCAACUUCAAAGCACUGAUCAUAUAUGCGCAGAAGCUGAUAGACGGAAACAGUUUCACUACGUUGACUAUACAUGGCCUGGGAGCUGCUCUGCAAUCCGCUAUGAGACUUGCUUUAUGCUUGAAGGAACACAACAAGGGCAAGAUAAGUUGGGUGAUCACUACAUCAACGGUGCAACUAGUCGAUGACGUUGAGGAGGAGGAUGUGGACGAGGAACUGAAAACAGAAAAGCGAUCGAACUCGGCGAUCCAUAUCGAACUCCAUAAAGUCACUGAAGCCUCAUCGGCCAUAAGUCCGGAUAGCUUACCUGUGACGCAGUGACCAUAGGGAGUUCUACAACGUACAUACGAAAUUUCUCAAGAUAAACGCGUUGUUCGGACAAUUUCCCACAUAUCCCGAGCGCCCAAUGGUCUAUUUCCAACCUCCCACAGUUGUAUCCACAUGUAUCUCACACACGUCUCUCAGAUUCAGCGUGCGCCCCGAAAUGCGGUCACGCAGCUGUAUAUGGUCAAUGUAGUGAAACAUACCCUUCAUGCCGACGAAAUGCAGGUUGAGGGUCUCGCAGGCGCCGGGGCGGAGAGGUCUACAGUAUACAACAGUAUGUGGGCAGGAAUGAGUAGGAAGAAUAAAGGGCGAAGCGAACGUGGCGAAACACAGCGGGAUGAUGUCCAACGUACCCGAGUUCCACGAAGUUCUCUAG